UGCACACCCCACUUUUUUUUUUUUGGGCCAACUCCCCCUCUGAUCUCACUUCCUCUGCGGGCGGGGCGCCGGGAACCCGGAUAGAAGAGGAAAACGCGCUAAAGGGCUCUUGGUGUUCAUCAUGGCCAGCAGCUACCCUAAGCCAGAGGAGAAGACUCUCCAGGCUCUGCAAGAUGUUGCUAACCGUCUUCGGAUUCACUCUAUCCGUGCUACCUGCGCCUCAAACUCCGGCCACCCCACAUCAUGCUGCAGUGCUGCAGAGAUCAUGUCUGUGCUCUUCUUUCAUACCAUGCGCUACAAACCAGCUGAUCCUGGCCAUCCCAGCAAUGAUCGCUUUGUGCUUUCCAAGGGCCAUGCUGCCCCUGUGCUCUAUGCCGCAUGGGCUGAGACUGGUUACAUCAAGGAGCCAGAGCUGCUGAAAUUGAGGAAAAUAGACUGUGACCUGGAAGGCCAUCCAACCCCAAGACUGCCUUUUGUGGAUGUAGCCACUGGCUCACUGGGACAGGGCCUGGGAGCUGCCUGCGGAAUGGCCUAUACAGGCAAAUACUUUGAUAAAGCCAGUUACCGAGUGUACUGCCUGCUGGGAGAUGGAGAGUCCUCAGAGGGCUCUGUGUGGGAAGCCCUGCAGUUUGGAGCCCACUAUGAAUUGGACAACCUGGUAGCUAUAUUUGAUGUCAACAGGCUGGGGCAAAGUGAAGCAGCACCCCUGUGCCACAACACUGAUGCCUAUCGCAAACGUUUUGAAGCUUUUGGGUGGAAUACAUAUGUUGUGGAUGGACAUCAUGUGGAGGAACUGUGCCGGGCCUUGUGGCAAGCAAGUCAGCAUAAGGGAAAGCCCACAGCAAUUGUGGCUAAGACUUUCAAAGGGCGAGGAAUCCCAGAUGUGGAGAAUGCUGACAAUUGGCAUGGAAAACCUAUGCCUAAGGACAAACUGGACUUCAUCAUCAACACUAUUCAGAGUCAAAUUCAGACUAAUAAAGUCUUGUCUAUCCAACCACCUGCUCAGGAUGUGCCACAGAUCAGCACUGGGUAUAUCAAGAUGCCUUCACCACCUGCCUACAGAAUUGGGGAGAAGGUGGCUACCCGCAAAGCCUAUGGCUCAGCCUUGACAAAGCUGGGAAAUGUUAACAGCCAUGUGGUAGUCUUGGAUGGCGACACGAAGAACUCUACUUUUGCUGAGAUUUUCAAACAAGCCCAUCCUGAACGCUUUAUAGAGUGCUAUAUUGCUGAGCAGAACAUGGUCAGUGUGGCUCUGGGGUGUGCCGCUAGGAACCGUGCUAUUGCAUUUGCCAGCACCUUUGGAGCCUUCUUUACCAGAGCAUUUGACCAUAUCCGGAUGGGUGCCAUCUCACAAACAAACAUUAAUCUUUGUGGCUCCCAUUGUGGAGUAUCUAUUGGUGAGGAUGGACCCUCACAGAUGGCCUUGGAAGAUAUUGCCAUGUUCCGAACCAUUCCAGGCUGUACUGUGUUCUAUCCAAGUGAUGCAGUUGCCACGGAACAUGCUGUUUGUCUGGCAGCAAAUGCCAAGGGUAUAUGCUUCAUUCGUACCAGCCGGCCAGAGACACCUAUCCUGUACUCGCAAGAAGAAAAGUUUGAGAUUGGCCAUGCCAAGAUUGUACGUAAGAGUGAUUCUGACAAGGUUACAGUUAUUGGAGCAGGUGUCACUCUUCAUGAGGCUCUUGCAGCUGCAGAUGAGCUGGCCAAACAAGGCAUCCAUAUCCGAGUAAUUGACCCCUUCACAAUCAAACCCUUGGAUGCUGACACCAUCAUCUCCAGUGCUAGAGCUACUGGGGGCCGUAUCAUCACUGUUGAGGAUCACUACAAAGAAGGAGGUAUAGGUGAAGCUGUGGCAGCAGCUGUCUCAGGAGAACCUGGCAUUUUAGUCCAGAGCCUGGCUGUGUCAGGGGUGCCCCGGAGUGGAAAACCAGCUUGCCUCCUAGAUAUGUUUGGGAUCAGUGCAAAGAGCAUCAUAGCAGCUGUGAAGAGCACCUUUGCCAAUUGAUAGUGUCUGGUUUGCAGAUGAUGGGAGGGAACACCGAGCUAUAAAAAUGAAUUUCUGAAGAGCAGAGAUGGCAACUGCUUGGUUUUCUGGUAGUGAAACUCAUAAAAUACUCCUUAUGAUUCCCAAACACUGCUUUCAAUUUUGACAAAUGCCACUAACAUUUCCUCAUUUGCAUUCUGAGUACAAGUGAAGCAUUAAAAAUGGACCAAGUUACAAUUUGUCCAUUCCCCAUUCAUCAUUAAGCCAUUCUGCUUAUUCAUAAACUACUUGCAGAUUACUGAAAACCUGGAAACUGUACAUGGACCAAAUAGUGUUUGUCUUACCUGAAUCUGCUGACACCUAUUCCUGUGCCUGUUCUGCCCUACUCGCCUUUCCUCUCUCAGGCCUGACAUUCCAGGGCCAUGUUGAGUAGAUUUUUCCUGGUUGUUUCCUACAGAAUGUAUUGAUACAUAAUUAGUUUUUGCCUGCAGAAGUGCAGCUGGCUCUCACAAAUGGCUGUGGCCUAACAUUCUUGUAAUAUUUACAUCACUGACAUAGUUGAAAUUGGUCAUAUUCAAUGUAACUUUUCCUGAAUGAUGUGUAGUGUAACUGCUGUUAACAGUUCAUUCAGCAAAUCAAUAAACAAGAAGUUUUCUUCAACUGUUA